AUGUCUAGCAGCAGAAACCCCGUCAUUGUAAGCAUCCGCCGGGAUGCUAAGGUAGACCAGUCUCUCCGCGAGCUCAAUGAGACCUGGAACCAAGCUCAAGUCCCCGAGGCCGACCUCACUAGCGGCUGGAACCAGCUACAUCAGGAUUGGUGGACAGCUGCUCUCGCCGUGCAUACAUCCGGCCAGCACACCAGCGCUCGGCACCAUGUCCUCGACUGGCCCGCCUUCAUCCGCGAGCACCUCUCCGCCGCCGAUCUUGUCACCUACCUCGGCCGGAUCUUUCGCAUCGCCCAUGACGCCGCCAAGCACAAGCCCGAGUCCGCCAGCCGCCUGCGGAACGCCGACCUCGCCCUCGGCCUCACCGACAACAUUGAGCUGCACCUUGAGCUCGACCAGGAAAAUUGCACCAGCACCGGCACCCUCAAAGCCCUCUCCUCCCUCCGGCGCUCCACCGCCCACGAGGCCGUCGACCCAGAGGACCGCCGCACCGAGAUCCGCGACCGCAUGCUCGCGCGUGUGUUUGGCUCCCCCGGCCCCUAUGUCGUCACCCCGAUGCCGACCCUCCGCGACGUCAACCAGGCCAUCACCGCCCUCCGCGUCAAGGCCGUCCCACGAGCCGCUCCCAAGUCCAAGAAGCGCAAGGCCGCAUCAGAUGACGCCGGCAAUGACAGCAUCGAAGUCUCUCGGAGGUCCAGCAAGCGUCCGCGGACGGAGGUUCCCGAGGAGGACCUGGAGGAGAUGGGCCAAUCCUUCCUAGAGAGCAUCCGUGAAGAUGGGCGCCCAAGCCUGCUUUCGCGUUUCCUCGACGAGGAAAUCAUGACCAACGGCGACAUAUUCGCCUACGCGCCGCCAGAGGCUUCAGCCCUGCCAGACCUCGAGCCCGAUGCCACCGAGGACCAACUCCAAGCGCACGCAGCACAGACAGACCGGGACAAGGAGGCGCAGGAUGACGCGGUAAUGAAGGAGCAGCUUGAGCUGUGCAGUCGACUCGUGCAGAUGGGAACGCCUGGCGAAGGAGCUGCUGGUGAUCCGUUAGUUCACGGUCUGCUGCAGGCUUUGAAUAUGUCGGCCAAGAAUCUGCUUUGCGUUGCCCGUGACAAGCAUACUACCGCACAUCUUGAGUCACGCAAGAGGAAGAGGGAGGAGGAGGAGGAGCAGCUGGAUCUGGACGAGUAG